AUGCAGGAGAACUACGAGACAGUGGCCUCGCUGGGAUUUCCCAUUCCCAAACCUGAACUGAUCGCCCAGCUGGAACGAGGGGAAGAGCCGUGGGUGCCCAAUCUCCAGGCCUGCGAGGAAAGAGAGAUCCUGAGAGGCGACUGCACAGGUGAUGAGAGAGUGAGAGAGAAUAAAGAGGAGAAUCAUGAUGCAGAUGUUCCUGGUAAAGUGGAACCACAGGAGAUCUUUAUGGGAAGAGCUGAAGGGAAUUUUUCCCAGUGCUGGGAACAGGGAGAAGCCUGGGUAAAUUGGCACAGGUCAGAGAGGCUGCUGGGAAACCACCCAGGGAAGAAAGUUGAUGAAUCUAUUAAUGGUGGGGAAGGAGAUGAGGAUCCCAGAGCGCAGCAGACAAACCCCAAGGAAGAGACACCCAGGGACUGCCUGCAGUGUGGGAAAGGAUUCAUUGUGGGAUCACAGCUUGUGACACAUCAGACAAUCAACACUGGAGAGAAACUCCUUCAAUGCUUGGACUGUGGGGAAAUCUUCAAUAACUGCUUAGACCUUAAUAACCAUGGGAGAUGCCACACAGAAGAGAAACCCGUUCAAUGCCUCCAGUGCGGGAAGUGUUUCAUUUGGAAGUCAGAAAUAAUUACACAUCAUAUAAGCCACACAGGAGAUAGACCCCAUAAGUGCGUGGACUGUGGGAAAAGUUUCAUACGGAGGUCACACCUUGUUAAUCAUCAGGCAAUCCACACAAGAGAGAGACCUCACAAGUGCGUGAACUGUGGGAAAAGUUUCAGACGGAGGUCAACCCUUUUUAAACACCAGGCAUUACACACAGGAGAGAGACCGCAUAAGUGUUUAGUCUGUGGGAAAAGUUUCAUAUGGAGGUCAGACCUGGUUAAACAUCAGAGAAUCCACACAGGCGAGAGACCUCACAAAUGUAUGGACUGUGGGAAAAGUUUCAUCCAGAGAUCAGACCUUGAUAAACAUCAGAGAAUCCACACAGGAGAGAGACCUCACAAGUGUGUGGACUGUGGAAAAAGUUUUAUAGAGAGUUCAGCCCUUGUUAAACAUCAGAGGAUUCACACUGGAGAGAGACCCCAUAAGUGCUUGGACUGUGGGAAAACGUUCAGAAUCACAUCGGACCUUGUUUUACAUCAGAAAAUCCACACAGGAGAGAGACCGCAUAAGUGUUUAGUCUGUGGAAAAAGUUUCAUAUGUAGGUCAGACCUGGUUAAACAUCAGGCAUUCCACACAGGAGUAAGAUCCCAUAAGUGUUUAGUCUGUGGGAAAAGUUUCAUACAGAGGUCAGACCUUGUUAAACAUCAGAGAAUCCACACAGGAGAGAGACCUCACAAAUGUGUGGACUGUGGAAAAAGUUUCAAACAGAGGUCAGACCUUGCUAAACAUCAGAGAAUCCACACAGGAGAGAGACCUCACAAGUGUGUGGACUGUGGAAAAAGUUUCAUACGGAGAUCACAUCUUAUAGCACAUCAGAGGAUCCACACAGGAGAGAGACCCCAUAAGUGCAUGGACUGUGGGAAAAGUUUCAUACAGAGAUCAGACCUUGAUAAACAUCAGGCAAUCCACACAGGAGAGAGACCCCAUAAGUGUUUGGAAUGUGGAAAAUGUUUCACACGAAGAUCACAUCUUAUAGGACAUCAGAGAAUCCACACUGGAGAGAGACCCUAUAAGUGCUUGGACUGUGGGAAAAGUUACACACGGAGAUCACACCUCACUAAACAUGGGAGAAUCCACACAGGAUCUAAACUUCUGUGA